CUUACACUUCCCAACCAACACUCACUCACAUGGUACGCCCUAUAUAGAAGACAUAAAUCGUCAACCGUAUUACGCCUGUCGUAACGAACUCUCAACUCGUCCCCCAGCACACAGAAAAAGAGGAACAAAGACAAAAUAUAAUACGAACUCCUCCCAUCGUUGACCCUCUCUCUAUACGUGUACAGAUUAUCAUCUACCGUGACAGCGUUCGUCUUACUCAGAAAUUAUUUCUUUGAAUUCCAUACUAGCACAUACGUACAGCCAUGGCCAUCGCAUCCACCACCGUUCCCCACGGCCCCGUCGUCGCCAAGCUGAAUUACUACAGCCCUCCCGCGAACGGCGAGAAGCCCUUCAACCAUGUCGACACGCCUCCCGAGGGCCUCCCCGUCCGCAACUUUGACGCCGUGUCUGUGGACACCCUUAUUCACGACAUCCGCGGCCACGAGUCCAACUACAGCCUAGACAGGGACGCCUUCGCCGUCAUCCAGGACGUCCCGGAGUCCAAGGAGAAGGACUUUGUCGAUGACGAAUCCGUCCAGGCCAACUACUACCCAGAGGUCGUCGACCUCCUGCUCAAGAACAUCCCCGGCGCCCAGAGGGUCUUCAUCUUUGACCACACCAUCCGCCGCGCGGACCCCAACGCCAGCCGCGGCCCCGUCACCCGCACGCACAUCGACCAGACGCCUGUCUCGGCCGCCAUGCGCGUGCGGAGACACCUUGGUGACGACGCCGAGUCCCUCCUGCAGGGACGCUACCGCAUCAUCAACGUCUGGCGCCCCCUGAACAAGAAGCCCGUCGAGUCCUUCCCCCUGGCCUUUGCAUCCUCCAAUACCGUCGAUGAUGCCGACGUCAUCCCUGUAGAACACAGGUACGCGAAUGGCUACAACGGAUUCACGGCUGCCAUCCGGUACAACCGCGACCAGCAGUGGCACUACCUGAGUGGCAUGACCGGCAACGAGCGUUUGCUGCUCGAGUGCUUUGACAGUGAGGCCUUGAAGCCGGGCUCGGGUGUUCAGGGCGGCAGACUGGCACACUCGGCUUUCGAGGAUCCUCGAACCCACCCUGACGCCGAGGGUCGCGAAAGUAUUGAGGUGAGGACUCUUGUAUUUGGUCCGUAAAUGGUCGGUUGAAUUGGCAAAGUGUUUUUUUUUUCAUGAGUGCUUGGGGACUUGACUACAGCAAAAGCAGCGUGCGAGGGCAUGGUUUGGUGUUUUCUCACUGGUACAUUUGAAUUUCUGGACUCCUUUUUUUUUGGGUUGAAAAAGAAAGAUAUGCGUCAUAAUCUAUAUGCCUCCUUGCUUGGAUCAAGUAAUAGAAAUAUUUUCGACACAGAGAAAAGAGUACUGCAUGCAUUGUGAUAAGCCUUCACGUUUAACCGCGUCGUCCACGACCCCGGGUGCUGCUGCCCUGUCGACUCAUGGCCACGCCACCUGAGCUGUGCCGGCUCAUUGGGACUCCGCCCUGAGGGGGCACCGUCGUGGGCUCUGCGCGCACGUUGCUCGUCUCUACCUUCAGCUCGGCCCGAAGGUCAUCUGGAUUUGGUCGAUCUCCCUGUACGUAGGCGACAUACUUCUCGUCGUGUGGGCGGUUAGCCACAGCCUCCAAGAGUUUUCGUCCGCCGUUGGGGACGUCGAAGUUGGACCCGACACCAUGGCUCUGCUCGUACUGGCGUAGGACAGACAUUGCCUGCAGGUCGGCAAUAGCAUCGUCUGCAACGAGCGGAGCUGGACCGCUGGCCUCCGUCAUCGGCUUGGCCUUGUUGUAUGGGGCGGGUACAAUGGGCGGGAGCCUGGGCUCCUGGGCGGCGAGUCGGUCCAUGUUGCCUGGCAGCUCGAGGUUGGCCAGAGCCUCGAUGCCCGUGACUUUGUUGUCAUAGAAAUUAGCGUUGUGUGUCCCGCCUCUGGUGCUCCGUGUGGCGUGCGAAACCUGUCGC